AUGACUGACCGGGACCGGUUGUUAACAAAAGCUCGUAAAACAAAAAAUAUCGAAGAUUGGAAUAUGUACAAGCGUUUGCGUAAUAAAUGUAAUAACAAAUUGAAAUCGGCGAAACAAUCAUUUUAUUAUUUGGGUGCAAAAAUCUAUAAUGAUUUGCCAAUCGAAAUAAGACGAGAAGGAGAUUAUGACCAAUUUCUUAAGCUAUUUAAAGACUAUUAUAAAUAG